UUUGUGCAUACACCAAAAUUUAUACUCAUAUACACAGGACAGUUGGCAGGUAAAAUCAGGAGAAAUAUCUGAGAGUGAAGAAAGAAAGAAAGACAUGGCGCUUCAAUGGAUGAUACUCACCUAUGUGGUUGCCUUGGAAGCGGCGAUCGCCCUUUUAGUAACGCUUCCCACGCCUAAAGCUGUUAAAUCCGCCAUUGUUUCUCUCGUCUCUCUCGUUCUUCAGCCUGCUAUGUUUGUCGUUCCUUUUGCUGGCUUCCAGCUUCUAGAUAUCUAUUGGAAGAACGAGCAUCGUUUGAUGUGUACAGGCGAGAUCUGCACUGCUGCUGAGAGAGAUCGUUAUGAGAAAGCCAUAUACAAGUCCCAAAGGAAUGUUAUUCUCUGUGUUUCAGCAUGCCUUCUGUAUUGGUGUAUCUACCGUAUCUGCAAGUAUUACAAAGAUAUAAGAAGUAUGGAGGAAGUAGAGAAGAGGUACAAGGAUCAGUAGGUUCCCCAUUUCUUUUUAUUUGCUGAGCCACAUGAAACUCAGGGUUGCUAGUUGCCCUUUAUGUGAGAUUUUGUUGUGUUCUAUGGCUUCGAAAUAUUUGCACUUGUCAUCUCUAUGUACCUAUAUCACAAUUAUAUUAUGGUCAGUUCCUAAUUCAAAUAUGCACCUUUCUUAA